ACCAAAGGAUGGAGGGUGUCGUCGAAGCGAGCAGGAAACUGCGAGUUGACCAGGGUAAAGAGAAGACCAACCGCGAAGAUUUGAAAACAGACAUACAGCAUAGAAAAGAAACAUUUUACAGGGAGAACCCGUCGGACGAAGAUUCCGCGGUAUCAUCAGCGCCUGCUUCUCUCUCGCCACAACCGCUCAACGAUAUGUGGUCAUGCGGGCAAUGCCGAUCGGCGGCGGAGCGCGCGGCCGCGUCUGCGCGCGAGUGCUCGCGGCUAGCGGACGCACUGCGCGACGCGCGCGAUCAAAUCGAGCUCAUGGAGUUCAGACUUCUGGAGUUGGAAGACGCGCACCCUGAUAAGGGAACUAGGGACAACCUGACAGAUUCUGACUCAGGCUGCGUGUCUCCGGGGUCCCGUAUCAAGGACUCCGCGUCGCCUGAGCUCAAGCGGAUGGACUCCGGCUACAAGUCCCCACAUACACCUAGCAGCCCUUGCAACCCCCGAAGGCAUUUAGGCACCCCCCACGAUGACUUCAAAGAAGACUUUGCGAAGGCACAAGUCCUGGCCGACAUAUUGGACAGGAACUCAGAAGCCAGUGAUUCGUUGAAGAGCAACCCAGUGAAAGACCACCUCGAGCAAAUGAUACUGAACGCAGCAUCCGCGGAGGAUAGGACGUGCUUAGAGCAAGUCCAGAUGUUGCUCUACAAUUUCCAAGCUUUAAGUAGUUCCGUCAGUGAAGAUGAGUGCUAUCAAGCUAAACCUAGAAGAAUAUGUGAUCUGAAAUUGAAAUCUGAACCUGACAUUCCAUCGCACAAAAUUCAAAAGGCAAUCGCAACAGUAACACCGUACCAACAAAAAGGUUAUAAGUGCGAAUCCCUAGAAAGUCUUUGUAGCGAAGAGAGGAAACCGAAUAACGUUCUACAAGAGAGUGGAAUUUUCGAAGAAGUUGAGACAGAGUGUAAAAGUACACAGACAGACGUCAACGAAAGUUUCGAAUGCAGCGGUGAAUUGAACACCGAAAUACAGCGACUGAAUAGUAUAAGAGAGAAACUUGAAAGGCAAGGUGUUAGAAAUAGAACAUUAAGUACUAAGGACGAUGGAGAUGGCCUGGAGUGCAGGUGCGUGAAGUUGGGGAAGAAACACAAGCAGUAUUACGAGAGGAGGCUUAAGUUUUUGGAGGGAAAAAUCUCGAUAUAUGAAGCAGCACAGGACGUGAAGGAGGCUAAGUUAGCGCAAAGGUUACAGAAAGAAUUCCAGCUUGAGAAUCGAAUACAGGAGCUUGAAUCACAGCUUUCAGAACUUCAAGAGAAGUAUGAAAGAUUAGAGGAAGAUUGUUGUGAAUUAGAAGAAAUCGAAAAUGACACCCGAUUGCAUUGGCAGCAGCUUGAAAUGGACUAUGAGCUUUGCUCAGCACAACUAAGAGACAUGACAGAGCAGCGUGAGUGUUCAAGGGCGCAAGCCGAAAGGCUUAUGGGCGAGCUUAGUAAAAGGGAAUGUACUUUGAAAGCUAGAGAGAAUGAACUAUUAACGAGGCUAGACAAGUUAGAAAAGGCAGUUCCAGCGUUAAUAGCAUGGAAUGUCGUGCAAGCUAUUGGAGUUAACAUGUCGCCAGGGGGACAGCGAGCGCUGAUCAGUCGAAUGGCGCCGUACAGCCAAGACACGAAGGCGUUCAUAGCGCAAGUGAAGCAGGAGUCGCAGAAGCCAGCCGGCUGCGGCGCGCUGGUGGCGUGGAAUGACAUCAACACGUCGUCCGCGCCUACGACCAAGGAGUUGGAACAACAAGUUCUCAAACUCAUAACAGAGAAGAAGCAAAUUGAGGAUCAAACAGGAAAAAUCAGGAAGGGACUUGAGAAAAGGAUAAAGGAAUUAGAAGAAGAAUUGGAAACGACCAAACGGCAAAUGGCGGCGGCGGUCUGCGGCGCUGAAGUAAAGAAAGGAAAGUUGAAUGAGCAGAUCAACAAGAUUGAAAACGAAAUCCUCAAGGAGAAAGAAAACGAGAAGUUGCCAGUAGACCCGACUAUGGGGAGCAAGAUACGAGCGCUACUGAUCACCGAGCAGGAGUUGAAGAGCAGAGUGGCAGAGCUGGAGCGUCGCGAACAAGCUUACCUGGAGAUGCUCACUCAGGCCGACGACAUGUGGGCGGAGAUGGAAGGCGGCUACAAGAAGAAGAUCGAGGAGUCGCAGACCACGGAGAAUCAGUUGAAAGGGAAGGUAAAGAAACUGGAAUCCGAGCGGGACACUUACAAGAAGUGUUUUGAACCAAUGAAGAAGAAACUGCGAGAAGUAGAAGAAUCCGAAUCAGGUCUCCGCAUAGCCUUGGAGAAGGCCGAAAGAGAUGCAAAGGCGCUGAAGGCUCAAAACACCAACUUGGUGGCAAUGUUCGGCAAAGCAGAUGCCGAGGCCAAGAAAUCUGAAACGGCUUUCAAGGCUUUGGAUGCGAAGUUUAAGAAAGAAAUGGAGCAACUGCGGAAGAUCAACAAACAGCUGGACGACGAUCUGAAGAGCCACAGGGAGUCUUCCAAGAAGACAGAGGUCAGCUUCAUGGGUGACCUGGAGUGCAUUCGCAAGGAGCUGCACAGGACGUGCAAGAACAACCAAGAUUUGGAAGUCACCAACAGCGAACUGAAGGAAGAGGUGGAAUCUCUGGAAAAGCAGCUAGCUAUAACUCAGAAAGCAUUGCAACAGUGCAAAAGGAAAUGUGACGAAAAAAUCAAAACUCUCAGCCACGAGUUGUCGAUCAAAACUGAGGAGUUAGAGGAAUUGAGGAGUGAGACUAUGCGGCAGUCGUACCACGCGUCGCGGGUGGAACUCCAGCCGGAGAGAACGGAAUACAUAGACGAGGGCUAUUCAAUAUAUACGGCCGUGCCAAAGAAGACCGACUAUGGGAGGAUGCAUCACAGCAUGAGCUACAUCACCUCGGACGCCAGGUGCUCCUGCCCGUCCAUGAGGAGCCAGCUAGUCAGCCAACUGAUCGAAGACCUGUUCGAUAGAAUACACAACACCGCAGACGACGAUUUGACGAGACUCUGCAAAGAUAUAACCCCCGUCUGCGGCAGAGAAGUGACUGUUGAAACCAAAGCAAAAAUUACUAAUUACCUCUUAAUGGCGAUUUCGAAGGAGCUCGUUAGGUCCAUAGGAGACGCCGACGCUAAGACUGAUACAGAGGAGUGGCAGCGCGCCGUGUCGUCGAUGACGUACGCCGUGCCGGGGUCGGGCGGCGAGUUCGCGUCGCUGCGGUUGGCGGGCAACGCGGGCGUGGUGCACGGCGCCGCGCGGCUGGCCAGCGUGAGUUGCGCGUGCGCCGCCGCGCGACUGUGCGCCGCCGUGCCCGAGAUAGCGGACAGCGUCAAGCUCUGUCAGGAGGAAGUGUUAGACCAUGGAGAUGUUAAGAUUAUGGAGGAGCAGUUAGCGAAUGCCAUUGAAAGUAUUGUUAAUUGUCCAUCUUGUGCGUUGGGUACAAAUGCGAUAGUUUGGAGCACAGACGUUUAGAGACGAUAGUUGUGCGAAUUUGUGUGUUAAACCUCCACCGACCUCACUCUGGUGCCUUCAUUAGUUAAGCCAGUUAAAUAUAACGAAAUGUACAUAAUGUUUGUAUUAUAGAAUAAUAAUAAUACUCUUUAUAAUAAACGUAAGCGAAACAUAUCGAACAAUCGUACCUUCAAUCGAUGUAAAAAAAUCGAACUAUUAAUUUUUAAGGUCACAUCACAUUAGCGAUUUUAUGUAAGUUGACAGUUUCAUUGAUAUUGGGGAAUCUUGUAUUUUUUUCACCGGUAGAUACUUUGCAACUUUUUAUUAUUACUAUACGCGGGGUAUUUAUUUUUCUUCACAGAACGCUUUGUGACUAAUUUAGCCAAUGGCAUUAAUCGCCUAUGGAGUUUUUAAAAGCUAAAUAAUGAAAAAUGCCUGGUAAGCUGAAUAUUCUGUCCCCAGAUUGUAACACGUCCGCUCUUUGUUGUCAAAUAUUUUUAUUUCGAAUCUCAGACUGCAAUUUAUUGACCUUUGCAAAAGUCUUAAAAACUUGUAAAGUGUUAACGCUAUUUGGGUUAAAACAAACUUGUUUUA